AUGGUUAUUUCCGCCGAUCCAAGUCCGAAUGCUGCGGGCGGCUACAGCAAUGGCGUGAACGGCCACGUCAACGGCCACGGGACAAACGGCGUGUCCACCAACGGCCACUCCCUAAACGGCCACACGACAACAAACGGGAUCAACGGCAAUGGCGUCCCAGCCUAUGGGCUCAACGGUGCCGGCAACAGUGGCAUGAUCCCUAUUGCAAUCUGCGGCAUGGCUUGCAGGUUGCCUGGCGGACUGGCAUCGCCGCAAGACCUGUGGGAGUUUGUCCUGGCAAAGAAGAAUGCCAGAGGCAAGGUCCCCGAGUCUCGGUACAACAUCGAUUCAUACUACUCGUCCACCAUCAAGCCUGGCACCAUCUCGACCGAGUACGGAUGCUUCCUCGACGAGAGCGUCGACCUGGGCGCGCUGGACACGUCCUUUUUCACCCUGCCGCGGACAGAGGUGGAGCGUGCUGACCCCCAACAGCGGCUCAUGCUCGAGGUCUCGAGGGAGUGCUUCGAGGACGCCGGCUUGACCAACUGGAGGGGCAAGACGAUUGGCUGUUAUAUCGGCAAUUUUGGCGAAGACUGGGUCGAGAUGUUCUCCAAGGAACCGCAGCAGUACGGCAUGCAUCGUAUCGUGGGCACUGGCGAUUUCGUCAUCUCAAAUCGCCUGUCAUACGAGUUUGACAUCAGGGGACCGAGCAUGACCAUCCGUACCGGGUGCUCCGCGGCUUUGGUGUGCCUCAACGAGGCCUGUGCGGCCAUCUCGAGAGGCGACUGCGAAGGUGCUCUCGUCGGCGGCGUGAACCUGAUCUUGGGCCCGAGCAUGACGGCUGCAAUGACCGAGCAGGGCAUCCUGUCUAAAGACGGCGCCUGCCACUCCUUCUCUGCCGAGGCCAACGGCUACGCUCGCGGCGAGGCAGCAACCGCCAUCUAUGUCAAGCCGCUGGCCGACGCAAUUCGCGACGGCAAUCCGAUUCGGGCCGUCAUCAGAGCGACGUCUCACAACGUCGACGGCAAGACGCCCGGACUAUCACAACCGAGCACGGACGCGCAAGAGGCACUGAUGAGGAGGGCGUAUCAGCUCGCCGGCAUUGACGACUACUCGGAGACGGCCAUGGUCGAAUGCCACGGCACUGGCACUCCGACCGGCGAUCCCAUAGAGGCAAAGGCCGUGGCCCGCGUGUUCGGGGAAAAGGGCGUCUAUAUUGGCUCUGUGAAGCCGAAUCUCGGCCACACCGAAGGCGCUUCCGGCCUUGUGUCCCUGAUGAAGAUGGUCAAGGCGCUCGAGAACCGCAUUAUCCCGCCCAACAUCAGGUUCAAGACGCCCAACCCUAACAUCCCGUUCAAGGAGGCCAAGCUUACCGUUCCUCUGGACCCCACUCCCUGGCCAGAAGACCGCCUUGAGCGUAUCAGCCUGAACUCGUUUGGCGUGGGUGGUGCGAACGCCCAUGUGAUCCUAGAAUCCGCCGCCACGUUCAACGCCUCGCCGGUGCCGAGCAAAGUAGCACCGGAGAUCCCACAGCUGUUGCUGUACACAGCUAACUCCGGCAAGUCGCUCACCCGGAUGAUCGACACCUACAAGGAGUGGGUUGAGAAGAACCCGGACAAAGUUGCCGACCUUGCGUACACCCUGGGAGUCAGGAGGGAGCACCUGCCCCAUCGGGCAUUCGCCAUCGCAACCAACGGCGUGAUCGAGAGCGUUUCGCCGCCGACAAAUCUCAAGUCGGCACAGAAGCCCAAUCUGGUCAUGGUCUUCACAGGCCAAGGCGCCCAGUGGCCGCAGAUGGGCCGGGAGCUGUUGCAGUCUAACGAGACCUUCCGGUUCACCAUCCAGUCCCUUGAUCGCUACCUGGAUGGAAAGGGAUACUCAAUCGAGGAAGAGCUCAAGAAGCCUGCAAAGCAGAGCCGCAUCUCGUCCGCCGAAAUGUCCCAGCCCCUGUGCACCGCCGUGCAAGUUGCUCUCGUCGAUACUCUCCGCUCUCUCGGCAUCACUCCGGACGCCGUUGUGGGUCAUUCCAGCGGUGAGAUUGCCGCCGCCUACGCCUCCGGGGCUCUCACCGCGGAAGAGGCCAUCCUUGCUGCCCACCACCGCGGCGCCGUGACGAAACUGCAGCAGCGACAGGGCGCUAUGGCGGCCAUCGGGAUGAGCUGGGAGGACAGCGAGAAGUAUCUGGCGAAACAGGUCACCAUUGCGUGCGACAACUCGCCAAAGAGCGUCACCAUCUCUGGCGACGCCGACGCGGUCAAGGCGACGGUCGACAAGAUCAAGAAGGAAUGCCCGGAUGUGCUGGCGAGGCUGCUGCAAGUCGACAAAGCGUACCACUCUUACCACAUGGCCGAGAUUGGCGAGCAGUAUCUCUCUCUAAUCGGCCCUUCGGUCACUGGGCGAGACCCGUCAACGCUCUUCUUCUCCUCCGUCACCGGGAAACUCCUGACCAAGGAGCGCAAUCUGGGUUCCGAGUACUGGCGUGACAAUCUCCAAUCGCCCGUUCGCUUCCGCGAGGCCGUCACAGACAUCCUCAACCACGAGAUUGGCAAGAACGCCGUGUUCCUCGAGAUCGGGCCCCAUUCGGCGCUCGCGGGUCCGCUGAGACAAAUCUUCACGCAGGCAUCGUCUCAGGCGCCGUACGUGGCAGCCAUGGCCCGCAACCAGAACUGCAUUACGUCCUUCCUCACCGCCAUCGGCAAGCUGCAUUCUCUCAGGGUCGACAUUGACCUCAACGCGCUGUUCCCCACUGGCACGUGUCUCGCGGACCUUCCUCGGUACCCGUGGAACCACGAGGACAGCUACUGGUACGAGCCUCGCGUGUGCAAGGAGUGGCGCCACCGCAAGUUUCCAUACCACGACCUCCUGGGCGUGAAGCUGCCCGAGAGCACCGACCUGGAGCCCGCAUGGCGCAACAUGUUCCAUCUUUCCAACGUGCCCUGGGUCCGCGACCACAAGGUCGGGGAGGACAUCGUCUUCCCCUUCGCCGGCUACAUCGGCCUGGCGGGCGAGGCAAUCCGGCAGCUGACACCCGAGGCCACCGAGGGUUUCAGCAUCCGCAACAUCAGGGUCAACAUGGCUCUCGUGCUCAACGAGGCAAAGCCUACCGAGAUGAUCACCUCGUUCCGGCCGCACCGCCUGACCAACUCGCUCAACAGCCCCUGGUGGGAGUUCACAGUGGCCUCGUACAACGGCCACAUCUGGACCAAGCACUGCACCGGCGAGGUGACGGCGCUCUCGGCGGACAUGGGACCGGGCCAGGAUCCCGAGCCUCUCCCUCGCAAGCUGAGCGCCAAGAAGUACUACGACACCAUGUCCAAGGGCGGGCUGGAUCUGGGCCCGAGUUUCCAGACGCUCGACACCAUCGAGACGUCGACCAACAACGACAAGCGGGCCAUCGGAAACGUCAUCAACGGCCGGCAAGGCGACGAGGCCAACUACUACAUCCACCCCACCGUCAUCGACGCGACGAUCCAGAUCCUCGGUGCUGCCGCUGUGAGCGGGUACAUGCGCAAGACCAAGAACUGGCUGCCGACCAGCAUCGACAAGAUCAGCAUCGCUCGCUGCUCCGGCAACAUGGUCACCAACGUGACGGCGGACUUGUCGAGCAAUCACUCGGUCGUCGGCGGUGGGCGCUGUACCUCGGAUGGCAGAGUGGUCAUCGAGGUGGAUGGCCUCAGGAUGUCUCUGGCCGACGGCGCGCUCUCGAGCGAAAUCAUGGACACCCAUGCGGCGGCUAGAUACGAGUGGGACUCGGACAUCGACUUCCUCGACGUUAAGGAGCUCAUCCGCCCGCCGCCUUCGAACCGCACCGAGCAGCUGCGCCUGCUUGAGGAACUGGGGCAGCUGUGCUUGCUCUCUUCCAAGAGGAGGUCCAAGAUCAAGGAUUCGGCGGCCGAAAUCAUCGUUCCACACCUGCAAAGGUACGCUGGCUGGGUGGUGUCUGAGUCCAAGUCGGCCAUCGCGAGCCUCGCGUCUGUCCUGAAGAGCCUCGACAACGAGACCCUCGCUGCCCGGAUCGAGUCUGUGCUGGCCCGCCUUCUGGACACACCCGCAGCCGCAGCCGCCACCGCCAUCAAGAGAGUCUACGACGGAAUGGAUCAGCUGCUGUCCGGUGAUAGCCUGGAGGACAUUGUCGGGGCCGAGAGGCUGGCGGAGAUGCACGACUUCGUAGAGCAGGCCAACUUUUCUCAGUUUAUCCGCGCUCUCGGCCACUCCAAGCCCAACGUGCAGAUCCUGGAGAUCGGCAACGGAAAGGAGUCGAUUGUGCGCGACAUCAUCAAGGACCUCACGCGCGCGGACGGCGCCAUCCUCUGCGCCAAAUACACCUUCACGUCGACGGGCUUCAUAUCCGACAAGGACCACGAGCAGGUCUUCCCCAACAUGGAGUAUGCCACCCUGGACAUCAGCCAGGACCUGUCCGAGCAGGGAUUCGACGACCGCCAGUACGACCUCAUUCUCGCAACCAACGUGCUCCACGCGACAAAAGACCUGCAAGCGAGCCUGGCAAACGUAAAGAAACUCCUGCGACCCGACGGCCGGCUGGUACUGCGGGAGCUCUGCCCUUCGUCCAAGUGGGUCAACUACGUCCUUGGGCUGCUGCCCGCCUGGUGGAUCGGCGUCGGCGACGGGCGAACUGAAGAGCCGUACAUCAGCACCGACAAAUGGCAGUCUGAGCUGGCAACCGCAGGCCUAGGCGGCGUUGAGGGACUGGUCCUGGAUGCCGAAGCACCGCACCAGCUGAUGGCGACCGUGAUUGCACGGCACGACGCUCAGAAGAAGCAGCCAUCCAAGAAGAUCGCGGUCCUCUGCAGCCAGGAACAAAGCCCGGUCGCCAAGGAGAUCCUCCUGCAGCUCGAGAAGAAGGGCUACGAGACGACCAAGUACAAGCUCGGCGAUGGCCCGCUCCCUGCCGGGUCAGAUGUCGUCGUCUCUCUGCUGGAUCUGGAGAAGCCCUUUUUCGAGUCGAUCGACGAGGCGCGCUUCCAGACUUUCAAGGAAUUCCUGGCCGGUCUUGAGGGCCGCGGCGUCUUCUGGAUCACGCACGGCUCGCACCUGGGUUGCCGCGACCCGCGCUACGCCCAAGUCUUUGGCGUGGCGCGGUCGGUUCGGUCCGAGCUGGUUGCCGAAUUCGCGACGUGCGAGGUUGACGACUUCCACGAUCCCAGAACCGCCGAGAACAUUGUCCGUGUUCUUGCAAAGUUCCAGACGCGUGAUGCUGACGGCACGCUAAACCCGGACUAUGAGUGGGCCAUCCGCGACGGCCGGGUGCAAGUCGGCCGUUUCUACCCCUUCGCGCUGCGUGACGAGCUCCUGAUCUCCACGCCCAACGAGAAGGCUAUCCUGGACGUCGCCACGCCGGGCCGGGUCAACAGUCUGCACUGGGUACGGACGCCGAGAGAGGAUCUGAAGCCGCAUGAGGUGGAGGUGCAGGUGCACGCGGCGGGUCUCAACUUCAGAGACAUUCUUGUCGCUCUAGGCAUUGUCGAACUACCCAUCCGUCAGUUCGGUCUUGAAGCAGCGGGCAUUAUCACCCGGGUCGGAGAGGGCGUGGAUCCUAACGAGCUGGCCGUCGGUGACCGGGUAUUCUGCCUGAAGAAGCAGGCCUACUCGACUUACAUCACCACCCCAACUGUCUUCUGCACGCGGAUCCCUGAUCACCUGAGCUUUGAUGAGGCGGCGUCGAUGCUCAUGCCUUAUGUCACGGCGCUUCACGGACUGGUCAACGUCGGUCGUAUCGCCAAAGGCCAGAGAGCAUUGAUCCACAGCGCAUGUGGUGGGGUUGGCCUCGCUGCCGUCCAGGUCUGUCAGAUGGUCGGGGCCGAGCUGUACUGCACAGUCAGCAACGAGGAGAAGGUCAAGUUUCUGAUGGACAACUUCAACAUUCCGAGAAACAGGAUCUUCCAGUCCCGAGACAAGUCGUUUGUGGACGGCGUCAUGCGUGAGACCAACGGCGAGGGUAUGGACAUCAUACUCAAUUCCCUCUCGGGAGAGCUGCUGCAUGCUACCUGGUCCUGCGUCGCUGAGUUUGGCACACUGAUCGAGAUCGGGAAGCGUGACCUGAUCGGGGGCGCGAAGCUCGACAUGAACCCUUUCUUGGCCAACCGCAGCUAUUGCUGCAUUGACAUUGAUCAGCUUUGGAAGAAGCCAGUCCUGCUCAGAAAGCUCAUUCUCGACACGCUGCAGUUCUACAUCGACGGCAAGACCACGCCGGUCCGUCCGGUCGAGGUGUUCCCUGCCUCGCACACCCAGGACGCAUUCCGCUUCAUGCAGAAGGGCCAGCACAUUGGCCGCGUGAGCAUCUCGAUUCAGCACCCGCCCAACGGCCAAGACGGCUUUGCCUUUGAGACUACGAAACGGGUCAGGCCUGUGACCUUUGACAGCAACGCGUCGUAUCUCCUCGUGGGCGGUCUUGGUGGCUUGGGCCGAGCCAUAUCCACGUGGAUGGUGGACAAUGGCGCGCGAGAGCUGCUGUACCUGUCGCGAAGCGCUGGGACUAACCCGAGGGACGAGGCCUUCGCCGUCGAGCUGCGGAGCAUGGGCUGUGACGUGCGGCUAGUGCGCGGAGACGUGUGCAAGCUCGAGGACGUGGAGCGGGCCGUGGCGACGGCGGGCCGGCCGCUCAAGGGCGUCAUCCAGAUGUCCAUGGUUCUGCGCGACCAGAACUUUGAGAGCAUGACGUUUGAUGAGUGGUCGGCGGCCACGACGCCCAAGGUGAAGGGCACGUGGAACCUGCACGAGGCCACGACCCGCGCGGGUGCCGACCUGGACUUCAUGGUGCUCUUCAGCUCCCUUUCGGGCAUCAUCGGGCAGCCUGGUCAGGCCAACUACGCCAGCGGCAACACGUUCCUCGAUGCCUUUACUCAGUACCGAAACAGACUGGGGCUGGCGGCCUCGGUUGUCGACAUUGGCGCAGUCGAGGAAGUCGGGUUUAUCUCGGAGAACCAAGGGCUCAUGGGCAAGAUGAAGACGGCGGGGUUCAAGGGCAUCACGGAGCAGGAGCUCCUCGACGCGAUGGUGGUGGCCAUGCUUGCUCACUCUCGGCCGGCAACAACAACGGCGCACCAAGAGACGGGCCCCCACUUUGUCGACACCAACACCUUCGUCCUAGGCCUGGGCUCAGCGGUUCCGAUCCACGACCCGUCCAACCGGGCCGUGUGGCGCAAGGACCGGCGCAUGGCCGCCUACCACAACGUGAAGAGCCUCGGCGGCGGCACGGCGGCGUCCAACGAGACGCUCAAGACGUUCCUGGCGGGGGCAAAGGCAGAUCCGUCGGUGCUCAAGAGCGCCGAGUCGGCGCAGCUGCUUGCUCUCGAAAUCGGACACAAGCUGUUCGAUCUGCUGCUCAAGCCGCACGAGGACCUCAACACGUCGCUGCCCCUGGUGGACCUGGGUCUCGACUCGUUGGUCGCCAUUGAGCUGCGCGCCUGGUGGAAGCAGGUGUUUUCGUUCGACAUCACUGUUCUGGAGAUGCUGGGCAUGGGAUCGCUGGACGCGCUGGGACUCCACGCCGCCGAGGGGUUGUUGAAGUUUGUCCUGGAUGCAGAGAAGAGCGCGUAA